AUGUCUUCUUCGGUCAGGACAAUGCUCUUUAACCCCCGGCCGCUCCGGUCGCUGGUUGCGACAAGUCGAGCCCGCCGCGCCUAUGCGACAAUCCCCACCAAGAACCCGACGCCCUCGCCACCAAAGGAGGACUCGAACGAGCAGGCCAUGCCCAUCGGUCGCUUCUACGAGGCCAUCCUCAACAGCGGCCAGCCCAUCCCCGCCGUCAAGCCCGAGGAGCCCGCCAGCAGUGUCAAGGCGGCGCAAGAGGAGGACUCCCCCAAGGAGCCCGCCAAGCGCGGUCGCAAGCCAAAGGUAAAGGCCGAGCCAGCUGCCACUGCCACUGCUGGUAGCAGUCCGACCGCCUCCCCGGCAGCCAGCAUCAAGGAGACAGCCAAGCAAGUUGCCGCCAAGACCUCCUCGCCCCCUUCGAUAGGGACAUCGCCGCCCACCCCCAUGCCGCCCCCAACCCAGUCGAGCGCCGAGGACAAAGCCAAGGUGAUAUUCGGGUCGAGCCUGGCAGGGCCGGCCGAGCGCGCAGAACAGCUGGCGAGGCUGCGCGAGAAGAGCACGCUUAUCGCGGGGGUCUUGGUGCCGCCGAAGCCGGAGGAGCCGGACAACUGCUGCAUGAGCGGGUGUGUCAACUGCGUGUGGGACCGAUACCGCGACGAGAUGGAGGACUGGGCGCUUGCGGAUGCCGAGGCGAAGAGGAAGCUAGCUGCGGCGAGGGGGGCUGGUGCGAGCGUGGGCGAUGAUGCGAAGUCGGUGAAGCGGUCACCGACGACAACUUCUGGGACAGAUCAUACUGCUGUCAGCAUGGACGACGACGGCGGCGGAUCGGAUACAAACUGGGAUGUUUCGUCGACUACACCCUCUCCCAAGAUUGCUAAGGACUUUUGGGACGAUGAUUUGUACAAAAACGUGCCGGUGGGUAUCAGGGAGUUUAUGAAGCAGGAGAAGAGGCUGAAGGAGAAGCAUGCUCGCGAGGGCACCUCGGGGGGUUGA